UCAGGAGACCCUUUCACCUAUCACCAAGACUUCUACUUCCCCACUCUACAUCUCUUGACUACUAUCAAUCAUUCUCUACCCCAUAUACCUCAUCACAGCACUUCAUCAUGGCUAAGAAGGCUAUCCAGUUUGGCGGUGGUAACAUCGGUCGUGGCUUCGUUGCCGAGUUUCUCCAUGAGGCUGGCUACGAGGUCGUCUUCGUCGAUGUGAUGGACCAAACCGUCAACGCCCUUCAGAACGCAGACUCGUACGAAGUCACCGAGGUUAGCGAGGAAGGUGAGAAGACCAAGACCAUCACCAACUUCCGCGCCAUCAACUCCAAGACCCACGAGAGCGAUGUCAUCCAAGAGAUCGCCACUGCCGAUGUCGUCACCUGUGCCGUCGGUCCCAACAUUCUCAAGUUCAUUGCCCCUGUGAUUGCCAAGGGUAUCGAUGCGCGCACAGCAGAGAAGCCCGUGGCUGUCAUCGCUUGCGAGAACGCCAUUGGUGCUACUGACACACUCCACGGUUUCAUCAAGCAACACACCGCCGAAGACCGCGUCGAGACUCUGUAUAACCGUGCCCAGUUCGCCAACUCGGCCAUCGAUCGUAUUGUCCCCAAUCAGCCUCCCAAUGCCGGUCUCAACGUCCGCAUCGAGAAGUUCUACGAAUGGGUUGUCGAAAAGACUCCCUUUGGCGAACUCGGCCACCCAGAUAUCCCUGCCAUCCAUUGGGUUGACCACCUCGAGCCCUACAUCGAACGCAAGCUCUUCACCGUCAACACUGGCCAUGCUACCACAGCCUACUUUGGUCACAUCCGUGGCAAGCGCAUGAUCGCCGAGGCAUUGGCUGAUCCGGAGAUCAAGGAGAUGGUGCACAAGGUCCUUGGCGAGACUGCCUCCCUUAUCACCGACAAGCACGAGAUCUCAGACGAGGAGCAGAAGGAGUACGUUGACAAGAUCAUCCAGCGUAUCUCCAACCCUUACUUGGAGGACAACGUUGAUCGUGUGGGACGCGCUCCACUGCGCAAGCUUUCCCGCAAGGAGCGGUUCAUUGGCCCUGCUGCCCAGCUCGCCGAGCGCGGUCAGAAGUACGAUGCCUUGAUGGACGCGGUCGAGAUGGCUCUGCGCUUCCAGAACGUGCCUGGUGACCAAGAGAGUGCCGAACUCGCCGAGAUCCUCGAGGGACAGUCCCCUGAGUCGGCCACCAGCCACCUGACCGGCUUGGAAGAGAAGCACCCUCUGUACCCUGCAGUCCUCGAGCGGGUGCGCAAGGUGCAGGGAGUCAAGGUCUAAGCAAGUCGAGUCUCCAACGGUUAUCUCGCCGUAAAUGAGAUAAUUUGUUAUGUUUUACGAUGUUCACGAAGAUCAUUGCGAGUUCAGCAAUUCCGAGUUGAUCACGGAUCUGGAAUCCGGAAGCCUGUACAACCGGUUCAGCCGCGGGACGGCGAAGAAUCAUACGGGAUAUGGCGAACAAAUGGUCGGCGCGAACGGAGCAUGGGAUACCAGCAUAGGCUUUGCGUUUUCUUUCUUUUUCUUCUGAUAAUUCAUGUACUUACAGAGCACUGAGCAUUUCAUAUACCAAAUGCACGAAUACGCUAUGACUU